CUCUGGGGCGCCCUGUCAAUCUAAUUCCCCCUUCAUCGUUGUCACCAAAUUUCUCAUCCUACUCAAAAUCUUGAGAAUUUGUUGGUUCCAUUGGCUCAGACACACCUCGUCCCUAAACGAUCUUCUUUUCCGUUCUCUCGUUUGUUAAACUUCAUUCAUUCUUUUCCAUCCGUUCGUUACCUUACUCCCAUUGACCGUUGCCCUUGACUCGCCUUGGUACAUCUUGGGAUCACGAGUCUUGUGCCGAUCCAGUGGUACCCCGGAUUGGUGAGAUCAAAUCAAACUGCCGGCCAGCGAGUAACCUUUUGACAAUCCUUCUCCGACACGAUCGUCUCGCACCCUGUGACAGCACUCUCCCUUGAGAUCCGCAGAAGAUAGUCAGACCAAACCAAACAAGGCUUAUUCGACUCACCACUGGCUCAAGCUUCUCGCGAAAAUCCCCUUUGUUUUGCUUUGUUCAUUCUCUCCCCGAGUCUGAGACAACCUCCUUUAUCCAUCAAACUUGCCUGAAUCGUUUCCAUUUCUGGACUCAACACCCGACCCGUUCUUGUUUAACCUAACUCGGGUACUUGCGUUUUCCUCUUCCCUCUUACAAGAAGAACUCAUCUGCUGUCGCCCGUUUUCGGCCUACAAACUUGCCAUACUGCAUCCAAAUUGCUCCACGAGGCUCCUGCACGACUCCGACUCCGACGACAAUCCCGAUCCGCGAAGCUAUCGAGUACGAAUAAUCUUGCUUCGCGUGCCCUUUGUGACUACCGAGUCACUUCGCCCGAAUCGAUAUUGGUCUCUCACAUCACCAGAGACUGGUACACAUAUUCUACAGGUUUCGUCAAUUUGACAUCUGCAGUGUUUGACGCAAGAUUGGUAUAGUUGCCAAUCUAGUUCGACCUAUAUCGCUUUUAUCAGUUGUGAUGAAUUAAACGCCUACCUCCUACGACAACGAACAACCGAGGCAAAAAUAACGUUUCAUCCUCGGGAUUUGUCCUUCAUUAUGAAUAGGUUCAGAGGCAAGAAGAAGGGCAAGGAUGAUCUCGAGGCUCCGCGGCCAUCGAUUGAGUCUGAGUCUUCCAGCCCCUUUAGAAUGUUCGGCAAGAAGAAGGCACAGGAAGAGGAACCUAAAAAGGAGAUUGAUCUGGCUACAGCCCUUCCAUCGACUGAUGAUUUCCGAACGAGUCUUCUGAUGACCAACCUUUCGGCACGGUUCUCUAUGUUACGUGAGCAAGAUGAUCCAAACACCAAGGUUGGCAAGGCCAGUGACGAUAGUGUUCUGUUCCCUAAAAGACAAUCAAGAAUGAUGGACUUUGGUUUUGCUGCAGGGUUGGGCGACAUUGCUGAGGUCGAGUCUAUUCGGGCUCCUUUUGCACGCUCAUCGAUGCAGUCUAAUGAUGAUACCGGCUCAACAAACGGGAGUGUCAUGGGCAGAUCGAAACCGAUCGAAGGAAACAACUUGUUUGGAGGUCGACAAAAGGUUUACAAAAUCGGCACUGGAGGGAACAAAGGGGCUAUGAGUGGCCGUGUUCUCUAUGGUGACGAUAUCGCCCAGUCUGCAUUCCAGAAGUGGAGGCAAUCUGAAAAGGAUAAGCAGUCAUUCGAAGACCUGCAGCAGGAAGAAUUAGGUGACUUGGAAAAUGCCCGACCAGAGUCUCCUUCUCAAACCGAGUACAACCGAAAAAGGGAGACAAACUCAACGACAUCGUCAGGUCCAUCUGCAGCUCGGGACUCAACAGCCGCUACAUCUAUCACCUCAUCUUCAGUCAAGGACCGAGAGUCUUUCGUGCGCACAUCUCGGACUGUCAGCCCAACACCACCAAUGGAGCGAAGCGUGACCAGAGCCCGUCGCCUCUAUGAGCAAAGUUUAAACCAGGAUCUCCAAGACCAGCAGUCGUCUGCCCUUUCAAGAAUCGAUACGCUUACUAAGCGUACACUCGGCAGCAGAACUCCAGAUCUGACACCUCCUGUACCUUCCCCAGCAAGCGCAACAUUCGGGGAUCGUUUCAUCACUCGAUCGGUCCUGGCUAAGGCUAGUGCCCCUAACCUACGAUCUUUCAGCCCUCCAUCGCAAAUGAGUCCUGUAGACUCGAUGAAUAAAUUCCCUAGUAUGGACCAGAAGGCCUUUGGUGCUACACCUCCUCUUAGCCCCCCUAUUAGUGAGACAGGGGAGGCUCAGCCGUUUGAUCGAAGCAGAAUUAUCAGUAGGACCAACAGUCAAUAUGAUGAAUCAAGGUUCGCCCAACGGCAAAUGCAAAUGCAGCAGGGUCGCGAAACUCCCACGAACCGAUUUCGCACUGAUUCCAACCCCUCAUUGCCAGGCACUCGAUCUAGGUCAUCAUCUGCCCACCGUCCGCAAAUGGAAAGGAACGAAUCUGGAUCGUUCCAGACUGAGCCAACUGUCCAGGAAGAGUCACAGCAUUCAACCUUCUUUGAUGACGAUGAUGACCAGUCUGUCGUGGACGAGUCACACCUUCAGCCUAUCUUUCCCCUUCAAGUCAAGGUUGAGAAGCCAGCGGAUAAUGAGCACCCUGCCUUUAGACGCGCUGCAGUACCAACGCCUCUAGCGGUUUCUGAAGGAACUGGAGUUGCGCCAGCUAACUCAACGGAGCAAAUGCCUAAGGACUCACCUACUUUGGGACCUACCUCUGGUGGACUGAGCGGCAUGGUCAGGCAGCAUCUUCGACAAGAUAGUGGGGCCUCCUCAAUUUAUGGAAGCUUACCCAACGAUGUUGACCUGAGCUCACGAUUCCCUCCCGAACGCCCUGAUGCACAUACCUAUGAGCCCAAGACGGUCGAUUCGAACGCCUGGGAGUCGAUUGAGAGAGACUUGGCUAUGUCAAUUGACGGUAGCGUGACUAGUCCUACUAGAUCGUCUGGUUUGAUCGAGGCCCAGAUAUCAUCUAGACCCGAAUCCACCCAAAACCCGAAACAACAAGUCAACCCCCAGCCAGAAGAAGAGACAGAUGACUUUGCUCGUCAUCUUGCCGACGGUGCGCGACGUGUCAGGGAGAGACUGACUUCUUUUGUCGAAGCUGAUAGCAGCAUUUCGUCACCAGAAGCUCCGCCUCUGUCCGAGCUUCCACCUCCACCUCGUCCGAACGCUUUGGGUAUCUUGAAAUCCAAAUCCAGUCGUGGCUCUUUGGUUGACAGAGGUCGAGGCGACAGAGAGAAUGGCAGCCAGUCCAAAGCGAAGAAACUCCUUGGCCUUCGAGGCUCGUCGCCUGCUCCUGCCGCAAGUCCAUCCCGCCGUGGCUCAUUCGAGGCAAAUGAAAGGCUGACGCAGUCGCCUGAGCCAAGGGACGAAAACCUACCAAGAGAUAGCGAGGAAAAGGAAGGUGUCCAUGCUGGCCUCAAGGCUUUCCGACAAGCCCGUCGGGAACUCCAAAGGAUGAAGGAACUAGAAGUUCAGCAACGACACCAACUACCCUCGAAGCCUCCUUCAGCGGGCAGAGAUCGAGCCCAAACUACGACAUCCCGACCACCAUCUCAGGAACGCAGACCACCUCCUCCUGUCUCAUACAAUCGAGUGCCUAGCGAAGAAUCGAGGGCCAAUGCUGGCUCACGCGCUGGUUCACGCUCAGGAUCCCGAGCUCCCUCUGAACGUGAUCGAAGUGGCUCUGAAGCAAGCAGCGGAGGCAGAUCUGGUAGUCGACCGCCACGCCUUAGAAACGGAUCCGUGCCUAGUGAUGAUUACCAAGGGCCCAUGGGAUCCCCUGUGGGAAAUAAUGGCAAGCCUCGACAAGGGCCGAUGAUGAGAGCACCAAUGAUGCCUGGACAAGACAUGCGACGGUCACCACGUAUGCCGCCUCAACCAUAUCCCGGAAGCGCUUCGACUGGCCCCUACAACCGUCCCGACAACAGCUUGCAUAUACAUCCUGUCUAUGGACACGAUUCCGGCCACCCAUCGCCAAUUUCCCCACUCAAUGGUGCCCCCUCGCCUCAUGGCGCACCUUCUCCUUAUGGAUUUCCCGGACCUGGCCCCGGCUCCCAGAGACCAUAUGGGCCUCCUUACCCAGGUGCAAUGAUGCGCAACCGAGAUAUGUCGGAACCCUCAAUCAAGCCGCCAAUGUCACCCAUGGGUCACCAUGACGGCCUUCGACCUGGCCCUGGAUCUGGACUCAAUGGUGGUGCAGUUUCUACGCCUAACCUGCAUAGCAACAUUGCUCCCCCUUUGCCACCAAUCAACCCUCGGCGCAAGAACACAGCAGCCACGCUCGCUGAAGGUACCAUGAGCGCUCACCGCCGCCCUAUGAGCCCUAGUAUCGCAAACGACCAACGUGGUGGCUUUCGAAGUGAUGAUGAAGAUGGCGCAGGGAUGAACCGUCAGAGAUUGCGCAAAGCCACAAGCGAAGCAAACGGUAUGAACGCACGAGCAAGAUCAAUGCAUCAAGCUCCUCCUCCGCCUAUGGCUGCACCACCUCUGCCUCCUAGCAUGAGCAGCAAUGCAGUUCCCGGAGGGAUGAUUUAACAGUGCAGACGACGACUGUUUUUCUUUAUUUCUUUCAAUUCUCUUAAUUCCCCUUUUGCCGACAGCAUGAGACUCAUGACCAAGAUACCUCACGGCCCUUUUCAUUUCAUAAACUUAAUCUCAGCGUCCUGAAUCAUCGAGCGGAGCCUUCGAUGAUAGGACCCCAUCAUUCGUGUGUAUUUGCGGGGUGAAUGAUUUGUCACUCCUUGUAUGUUUUUCUUUUGGGGAUAAUUCGGUCAUUGACGGAUGGAUGGUUGGAAUCUAGUAUCAGGCGCAAAUUGGCCCUGCUAGCAAGAGAUCGAGCAGGUCCUUGAUUCGAAUAGCUGGCGUCAGGCAAGGUGUGGAAGGAAAUGAUAUGUCAGGAAGCAGAAUGGAACGGAACAAGCGGGCAUGCAUUCAACAAGGCUGGGAAGGUGUUUGGUUUUGUACGUAUAGGAUUGGAACCGACGGCCAAAAGAACGUAGUGAGGAUACUACGUCAGUUUAUAAAACGUUGACCUCAUGGAGAGUUUCGCCAUUUCAAAGCAAAGGAUGGUCAUAGUCAAAGAAUGAAAAUAGGCAACAGGCCUGUAGUCAAACAUUGUAGAUGAGAUAAAUCACGAUGGUCACCCAUAGUGCUCAGUCUACCUAGGUGCCCAUGCCGACAUAUUCAAGACAUAAACCAG